CCGGGCCGGGCCGGGCCGGGCCGGCGGAGAGAGCUCGUCCUGCGGCCGCGCCAUGAGCCCAGUGCAAAUGAAGGUGUUGCCUCAAGCAGUCCUCCAAAGCCCAGGGGAACAUCCCAAGUUCAUGGAGCAGCCUCUUUGCCCCCCAUUAGAGUUUGCAAGGAUUCAUUUGAUCAAAGACAAAGAUGCCAUAGAUGAUUAUUUGGCAAAGAAUAUCAAAGGAGUGUCAACACAAGAAGCUGCUGCUUACAGGAAUUCAUACAAGAAGAACAUCUGCAUAGACAUGCUGCGCCGGGGUUAUCACAAGUCCUUCUCUGAGCUCCUCACUCUGAUCCAGAAGUGGAAUGCCUUCAGGGAGGCUGCAGGGCCUGGGUCAGCCAUAUGGCAUGAGAAGUCCCUGGAGGAGCAGCCUGAUAAGCUGGAUCAGCUUUACCACUUCCUGACCGGGGCUGAGGCAGCCCAGCGAGCAGGGUACUAUGAGAAGGUGUAUGAUAACCAGCUUAGCUUGGCCUGCUUUUUCACUGAUCCUGAGGACAAAUGGUUAAGUAACUACUUCUAUGAGCAAAGCUAUAACACAGCUCAAUUAGUAGAAAUUGAUGGUGGGAAGAGAAAGGCACAAGCAUAUGUAAACAUGGGACUCAUCAAAGAGGAAGAAGGCCAUGUCACGAAAGCUGCUGAGCAUUUUGAAACAUUUUAUGAGCUAACAGAGGGCACAUCAUGGAAGGAUGAGACCGGUCGCACUUACACUUCACUGGCAUGUCAGCAUCUCUGGAGAAUUUAUACAUUGCUAGCAGACAAAAUGCUGGAAAAUAAACAACACCAAGAGGCCAUCAAAAUGCUAAUAAAAGCUUUAAAGAUGGCCAAAGAAGGAGGUGAUAUAAAGAUGCACGGAGAAGCAGCCUAUUGCUUAAGUCUAGCAUAUCAUUUUUCUGGAGAACAUGAGACAGCAUUAGCAGUUUUGAACACCUCUGUAGAAAUCUUCACAACCCUUUGUGAUUCUGCUGGCCUGGGCAGAGCAUAUGCAGCUAUAACCAAGAUCCUGGCAAGUCAGGGAAAAUCAAGUGAGGCUGUGAAGUACUUGGGAGAGUUUAUGAAGGAUGCUGAGAGUGCUAAUCUAAGCCAAAGUCUGGUGGAUGCAAAUGUCCUACUUGGAAAAGUUCACAAUGAAAGAGGGAACUAUAACGAAGCUCUGGAAUAUUUCAGUCAGGCCUCUGAGGCGGCGAAAGCUUUGAACAAUUUGCCCUUGGUGGCUGAAGCAGAGAGUUACUGUGGCAUCGCCAAGGCUCAUCAGCUGAUGGUGCCGUUCAACAGCCAUGUAGCAGCAGCAGCCGAUCCCCUCAGCCUGCAGUGCCUGCUGGCAUGGAAGCAAAACAGAAGUGACAUGUGCGCUGACCCUCUUCCAGCCGAACAUGGUGAAGAAGCAAGUGCCUCAAAGCCUCUGUGAGCCUCUGUCCAAGACACCUGUUCAGGAUCUUCCUGAGGAUGCCUGCUUAUUGACAGAGAAUCUGAUGUAUAAUGAGUACAAGAAGAUCCUUGAAGAGUGGUGAAACAAAGGAGGAAUUUCAGCAAAAGUUUUGUCAUUAAAAUGCUAUUAUCAAAAAAGCAUCUGUCAUUUAAAUAAAUUGUUUUAAAAGAUAAAGAGUGGUAGAAUAGGAAGUUUUUACUUUGUGCCCCCAUUUCUUAAUAUCUUCCAAAGUGUCAAGAU